AUGGCCCACUAUUUAGAUAUAUUAUGGAAGGAAUACAUUGGGAAGGGGGAAUCAGGCGUGAGGAAGGAUGAUAAGGAUUUUCAGAAAACUUUCUGGGAACAUGUGAACACAGUAUGGCAGACGUUUACACAACAUAUGGAGGACGCGAACGAUGAUACAAUGAUAGAUUUACUGUGUCAGAUGGACCAAGCGCCGGCUGGAAAUGCGCAGGCGCAGGGGGAAACAUUCAGUGAGAAGGACAAAGCUGUGUGCUGGCUAGCACUUAAAGCAUUAGGUUUUAAACAUGGCAUUAAAUUCGAUGUAACCCCUAUGGGCCCCGCGGACCUGGACAAUACAGCGGCAGCAGAUGGCGUAAUGCCAUAUAUGAAAUGUAUUUUAGUAAAUAUAUUUAUGAAAAGAAUAAUAGGAGAAAAAUGUUUGAGAACGGAUGGUGCCAGGAAUGCAUUUAAGGCUGCGCAGCAUUUGGUACGGGACGGAGAACAGAAGGAGCCCAAUAUGGAAUGCGAGAAGGAGGACAGGAAGGACGGCACCAGGCAGAGGUCACAAAACACGCAAUAUUGGAAUUUAGCAGAAAUAAUGCACAGAUGGCUUGACAGGAAUAAGGGAUACUUGACAGAUGGGCAGGUAGGAGUAUUGGGGCCGGAUUGUACGGUACAAAGAGACAAGAGUGCACAAGACAUACAGGCCGAAGCGAAUAAAAAAAUUGAGGAAGUGGGGCAAGAAAUAGAGAACACAGUGAAGGACAUAUUGCAGGAAAUAGAUAAAUCCCCAGAGGGAACAAGUAUGGAGACUAUAAUAAAGACGGUGAAGCAGGGCAAGGACUCCGCUUCGAAAACUCCACAGGAACACGGACAAUCACCGGGGGAAACACAGACCACAACAUCAUCAACACCGGGCAGGUCAGAAAACGAUCAUGCAGGUCAUGGAGGUGGGGCCGUCGCCAACCACGCCCAUGGCGACAAACCAGCACCAGCCAAGCCGGUCAAGCCAGCACCAGUAGCGGCGACACCGGCAGGAACGGUGACACCGGGAUCGGGGACGACGACCACAUCGGGCAGUGGCAUGACGACGACAUCGUCUGGUGGUGGUGGUGGUCGUCGUGGUGGAGGUGCUGGAGGAGAGAAGGGGAAGAAGGCAGCAACAGACGAUAAUUGUCCAUGGCAGAGCAUAUUGGAAGGCAAGAGCAGGCACGUACACGUGCUGCAGCAUUAUGAUAGUGCAGAACUCAAGGCUUUGAAGGCCGUGUUGCAGGCCUUUAUUGAUUAUAUGCAGCAGAACACGGAUCAGAUGGAUGCAUACGGUGCCAACUGCGCUAAUACAGGUUGGGAUGAUUUCGGUGAUACUCAUCAAUAUAAGGGACAAACGGUAGCAGACGUCGUAAGGUGUAGACUUAUGAGCACAGCACUGUUCUUUGCGAACAAGCAGGGAAAACAUGGCAAUAGUGAGAAAGCACAGAAAACCGAUGACGAUAAAUUGUACGAAAAGUUCAGGUGUGAGGUAGCCCAUGUAUUUGGAUACAUGCUCAAGCAUCAGUAUUGUAAAACACAAGGAUGGAAGAGGGGUGUAGAAUAUGCCUGGAAAACAAUGAAGAAAAUGCACAAGGACAAGCAUGGUAACAUACUAUUUUCUGGUCCUGUUAUGGAUGGAACAUGCAAACAAUGUGGCUAUGAAGGUAGUCACACGCAGCUGGGAAUAAUAAAUGGGCACAUAGCAGAAUGGUUCGUAACGGAAGGAAUAAUGGGCGAAAUAGCACACAUAGAGCAACAGCUGCCCUGUGAAAAGGAUUGGAAAAAGUAUAAACAAAGUCAGGGUGUUACAGACACAGACCCGGACAUUACCAACACACUGCCUGAGGUAAAGCAAACGGAGGAAAAAGUAAGGACGCAGACGAAGACAGCUUUUGCAGAGGUUACAAAGAUAGUGAACCAGAAAAUUAAAGACCUAGCAGGAGGCAAGAAACCGGAAGCACCACCAGCUACAGUACCAGCAGUAACAAAGGAGGUUAUUCCGGAGAAGCAAGGACCGACAAAAGGGACAGGGGAAGAGGGAGUGGCCAGGUCCGAUGAGUCCGCACCGGCACCAGGAGCAUCCGGGCAAGGACCGGGUCAGGGACCAGGACCUGGACAACAACCCCCACCUCCUACACCACCAACAGGUAAUACGUGUACAGAGAGUUCCACCAGUACGAUUACGCACGGAUCCAGCGUUAGCGUAAGCCUCGGGUGCACUCCAGAUUCCGAGUUGGGAGUUCCCCCUAGUACACCUCUACCUCCCUCUGAUCCUGCACCAGGCGAGGACAAUGUUAUUAACUCCGGAAAUGGAAUAAAGGGCACUGAGAAGAAUGAAGCAGAGGAGGAUCAAGAGAAGGUCCAACAGGAAGCCACAGAGCAGGCCGCAAGAGAGCGCGCAAAGCAGGCCGAAGAGGAAGAAAGAAGGAAGGCUGAGGUGGAGCAGGAGGAGCAAUAUGAGGCCAAGGAAAGGGCGAGCGCAAAAGGAGUACUGAACAAAGUAUCCGGUGAUAUCAAAAUAGACGUAGGACCCGGAUCCAGGAUAAAUAAUGUACCGGGGGGAUAUGUACCACCGGAAGGAAAACCUACAAAUCCCGGUUCUAUGGAUAAGGACAACAUACGUCCACGCAAUCCUUCGCUCAGUGGCCCCGAUGGACCCGACCUAACCGCCGACGUCCUUACCGCCACUACUCCCGUACUCUUCUUCCUGUCCGUCGUCACCGUCGCCCUUCUUGGUUAUUCCCUUUGGAAGGCGAGUACAAUAGGCACAUCAUCGACUAAUGGCGCAAGCCACAUUGACACGAUAGAUGGGACUACCGUUGGAACGCCCACCGUGUCGUUGCGUGAUGCAACGGAUGUGUGGACACGAGGCACACGUAAUUGUUACGACGGUCGUGCGACGGGUAGUCCCGUGAAGAACACGGUGUUCGAUGAUAUGCGGAGAAAAUUUAAACCCAAGGUGCACGUCAAGAAUCCAGUACCUGUAAAGAAGAAGCCACAGGGUGCAACAGCGCAGAACAAGCUGAAGGAAUGUUGUCAGAAAUUGAAACGUUUUAAAAUGGGGAGAACAGCAUGGUCAAUACUUAUAGUAUUGUCCACACUCCUGUAUUCAUUCUUUAUGUCCAUUAUUCAUUCCUCCAUGCUGUCCAGCUUGAGCUCACUAACUGAUCUUCUUCUUUCGCUCACUGCCUUUUCUGGAAUUCCCAUACUUUGUAUAAUUAUGUAUUUGUGUGUGCUACUAUGUUUCUGCCGCUCGAAGACAGGGAAAUGUUUAUUGGAUAAAAUUUGGAAGAACAAGAAGAAGGAGAAGAAGGAAGCUCCCACAGAAACGGAAAAAAAAGGAGAAGUAAAUAAGAAACAGGAAGCACUUAAAGAGCCAGGAACAUUUCAGAAACAGGGAGGACCUACGAAGAAGGAAGCACCGGGCACAGCAGGAGAAUCCGAAAAACUGGAAGCACAUAAGAAACCAGAAGUACCAAAGACACCGGACGCACCCAAAGAAGCGGAAGCACCUAAGAAAACAGAAGUACCCGAGAAGCAGGACGCACCUAAGAACGGGGAAACACCAAAGAAACCGGAGACGCCCGACAAGCAGGAUGCACCGAAAAAGCCAGGAGAAUCCGAAAAACCGGAAGUACCUAAGAAAUCGGAAGCAUCCGCGAAGAAGGAAACCCCUGAAAAGCCAUGA